AUGACCUCUUUAGGCGAGCAAUUGUCUAGCCUUGAUGCUGAAAACGAUCGUCUGAUCAAUGAAAGAAGGGAGCAAGACGCUGAGCUACGAUGGGAACCAUGUCAAACGGGACCUACUUGGGUAACCGAGAAUAAGGGCCAUAAGCUAAGCGUUGCCGAAAUCGAGUACGUCCAGGACCUCCCUGAGUAUCCAAAUACCAGCGAAGGCGGGUACGGCUAUGUUGUCCCGGCAGCUGGUCGUUCAGCGGAGCAGAUUCGUGCCUUAGUGGAAUCUACUCUAUUUACAGGUGAGAUUCCGAGUCUUAUAGAGGCUUGUUGUGCCGUCGAAGGAACAUUGAAGAAAUCGCCAAAGUGUGGUUACGCGCGUAUCCAGGGUCCGGGGACUUGGGAUCGGCUAAAGUGCAAUGUCAGAUUUGACUGGCUUAUCCCAGGUGACCUUGAUAGAUGCCCAUACUUCUUAUUCAUCUCUACCGGUCGCCAUAUGCACCCUCCAGUACCACCAAAGCGGAGUCCUAUUGAGGUUGUACAGGGUUUGAAGAGGCUGAUUACCGAGAUGGAGCGGCCGGAUCUUACGAUAACGAAAUUCCUCGCCAGUCCCGAGCUUCAGCAAUUCUGCUUAAAAUACUCGCAUUAUACCUUAACAGAGCUUCAUACAAGCUUUGUGAAUACAGAUCGCCUUGCUACAAUCAUUCGGAAGCAGCGUCUUCUAUCAUUUCCUCAGGGCCAGAGUGUGAAUGGUGUGAUCUUUGAGCGGGCAAGGAACGACGAGGUUAAGGGCUACGUUCGUGAAAUCUCUAUUGACCCUGAUGGCAUUAUGGUUAUCUGUAUGCUUGAUGGACAGGCACAUCUUCUGGCGAAGGCCAAUUCCUACGAGGUAGACAUGUCCUUUAAGCGUGUGAAGCAUAAGGAAAUUAAGGAGGUUGUUUUUGCAUCAUUUUUUAGUGAUCUUGGGCGGAUCCGUACACUCUGCCGCGUCUUUACUACUAUUGAGACUCGGGAAGGAUAUCAUCGCUUAUUUAGGCGAGUCUAUCUUCUUCUUGAGAAGAUUACCAAGCAGAGGCCUACUUUCCGAAUUCUGGAUAGUAUUGGGCUUAAUGCAGUAGUGAUGGAUAUGGAUACAAAGCAGUAUUUCGGAUUUGCCGACUUCCUUCAUGAGUUCGAUCACGAACACCGAGGUGGGCCGUAUCUCAUGCGUCAAAUGACUCUUUUCUGCCAUAUCCACUUUACCCGAGGUGUUAAUGAAGCUCUAAAACGGGCUGGGGGAGGUAACCCUGGUAUUCGACAGCGAAUGCUUGAGCUUCUCUAUGCCCAGGACCGAGCAGGAUACGAAGCGGUGAUUGAUAAUAUAAUUUUGCUUGAGCCUUCUCUCGCCGCUUGGGCAGAGCAUAAGCGGCAAUAUUGGGUGAUGUGUGGCCUAAAUCCAGCUUGCUCUGAAUCACCACCUCCAGGUUACGAGUCAAUUCGUAGAAAUACGAAUACCGCAGAGCAGACACACCAUAAGUCUAAUACUCGUCGUAAACAACAGCCUCUUCUAUCAGCAAUCCUGAGUUCUCUUAAGCUUGAUCGACAGGAUAUUCAGGAGUACAAUAUCAGCCGCCAGUGGGCAAUACCGAGUCGAUAUGCUAAUUCCUCGCCUGAGGCGUCACUCAUACGCCAUUUACAGACUGCGCAGAACCGCCGUGCUAGUCGUAAUCGAGAGAGGCAGGAUAGUGAGCCACCUCUAGAGCGUGUUAGUAGUAGUGGAGUUCCUUACCGUGGAAGGUCCUCUACAUCCUCAUCUAGCCGCUCUCGCUCAGUCUCCCGGCGUAUAACGCCAUAUCUAAUACCUCCAUCGACGCAAGAGGAUCCUACCAUAUUAGAGCUAAAGAGGAAGCUUGAAGAGGAUGAAUUAAGGCAUAAACCUAAGAUACAAAGGAUACGCCAAGAAAGAGAGCAACAGGAAGAGGAGGAUAGGCUGCUUGAGGCUAAGAUCCGACUACGUGCGCGGCAAAAAGAAUGGGAGCAGGGCGGAUCCUAA